UACACUCCCCCCUUGUAGAUGCUGUCAUGUUUAGUAUCAGUGUAUGAAUGUAUCUAUGAGUGACUUCACAUGACUUCAGACGUCCACAUCUGUUUUUCACUUGUUAAGUGUGGCAUAUCCUAAAUUUCCUCCUGUUUAAGCCCAUUAGGUGUGUCAUGUCCUCGGAGAAAGCAGAAGUCUAUCAGCUGAUCAGCCUCCAGUGGCUGCACCUUCAAAACAUCAUCCUGAGAGGGAGGGAGAAAGAGAGCUGACAGGACAGCAGCACAUGCUCCAAAGCUGACUCCACGCUUUCAUUAAAUUCUCAAAAUGGCUUUUAAACCUCUGUUAUUCUUCUUAGCCAGCGUGAAUGACAAGUAAAGAGCGGAAACAAGCAGUGCUGAAUCACCGAAGAACCAAGAGCCUGCAGCAGCCUUGCCGUGCCGUUAUUCAAGAGCUUGUCGGUGUUGCUGGACCUUGCCCUCACUCGGGUCUAUAAGACAUCCGGAAGCAGCAGCAGCACUCCUUUUCCUAGAGGCCUUACCUGUUCACCUCCUGCUGUAUGUUGCCUCAAGACGGAUAACUUGGACAUAGUCUGACUUUAUUAAAACAUUUGAAUUUUUAAAAAUAGACUGACAGCCAGUCUGUCCACUCAGCAUCUCAGUCAUCCUCCUUUACGAUCUCAUGACAAAAUGGCCACCUAUAGUCCUGCCUCGACACAAGAAUCUUCUCCAGAGGUAACCAAUGGCAACCUGAAGGAAAAUGGUUCUCAGGAAUCAAUGAAACUAAAGAAAGAGAUCUCCCUGAUCAAUGGUGUCUGCCUAAUUGUGGGGAACAUGAUUGGUUCAGGCAUCUUCGUCUCACCUAAGGGUGUGCUGAUUUAUAGUGCUUCCUAUGGCUUAUCAUUGGUAGUGUGGACAAUUGGUGGAAUUUUCUCAGUAUUUGGUGCUUUGUGCUAUGCCGAGCUGGGAACCACCAUUACCAAGUCUGGAGCCAGUUAUGCCUACAUCCUGGAGGCCUUUGGAGGUUUUAUGGCCUUCAUUCGUCUAUGGACAUCACUCCUCAUCAUCGAGCCCACCAGCCAGGCUGUGAUAGCUAUUACUUUUUCCAACUAUAUGGUGCAGCCAAUCUUCCCUACAUGUAUUGCACCUUAUUUGGCUAAUCGCUUGUUAGCUGCAGCCUGCAUAUGUUUGCUGACCUUUGUGAACUGUGCCUAUGUGAAGUGGGGGACUCGUGUACAGGACUUUUUCACCUAUGCUAAAGUCAUCGCUCUCAUUGCUGUUAUCAUCACAGGCCUUGUCAAGAUAUUCCAGGGCUACACACAGAAUUUCGAGGGGCUGUUUGAAGGCUCGUCCCAGGACCCUGGUGAUGUGGCUCUGGCUCUGUACUCAGCUCUGUUCUCUUACUCGGGCUGGGACACCCUCAACUUCGUCACUGAGGAGAUUAAAAACCCUGAGAGGAACCUGCCACUGUCCAUUGCCAUCUCCAUGCCCAUCGUCACAGUGAUCUAUAUCUUGACCAAUGUGGCCUACUAUACUGUUCUACCAAUCCCUGCUAUUCUGGACAGUGAUGCUGUAGCUGUGACAUUUGCUGAUCAAGUAUUUGGGAUAUUUAACUGGACAAUCCCCCUCGCUGUCGCAUUGUCCUGCUUUGGAGGAUUAAAUGCAUCUAUCUUGGCUGCCUCAAGGCUGUUCUUCGUGGGCUCCAGAGAGGGCCACCUGCCCGACUACCUGUGCAUGAUUCACGUUAGCCGUUUCACCCCCAUCCCCGCCCUACUCUUCAAUGGUGCCAUGGCUCUGGUGUAUCUGUGUGUGGAGGACAUCUUUAGGCUCAUCAACUACUACAGCUUCAGCUACUGGUUCUUUGUUGGUCUGUCCAUCCUGGGUCAGCUGUACCUGCGCUGGAAACAGCCAGACAGACCACGCCCACUGAAGCUCAGUAUUAUCUACCCGAUUGUUUUCUGCCUUUGCACCAUCUUCCUUGUGGUGGUCCCACUCUACAGUGACACCAUCAACUCUUUGAUUGGCAUCGCAAUCGCCCUAUCAGGCGUCCCUGUCUACUUUCUGUGCUGCUAUACACCAGCUUCCCGUAGACCAACGUGGCUUCGCAAAUUCAUUGCGUCAUCCGGCUUGGUGAUUCAGAAGGUUUGCUUUUGUGUGCUUACUGAGAUGGACACUGAUGAAGGAAAAAUGCAGUAGAAUGGACUGAUAGACUGGCUAUACAGUACAGAGAUUUCCCCAUGAUGUAUUUAAAAUGAUUGACACACAACACCCAGUAGGUCAUUUGACUGAUGUAACAAGCUCUUUGGGUACGGUUUUAUGCAGAUUCCUGAAUGACCAUUCUUGAAAACAUACACAUUUCUUGUGGGAAAAAUAAAAUGUUCAUGUCCUACAGCAAAUAGUUGAUGUUGACUUGUAUAUUCCCACUUGUUUUCAAGUUCUCAGGAUUUUUCAGUCCAUUACAUUUCAAUACAAGCGUGCCCAGGUUUAGGUCCAUGUCCUAAAUGUAGAACACAAGGCUCCAAUACUCACAGCCCACAGAAAUUAUUUCGUCCAGCCAGUUGUUAGACAUCUCUGGUUUUAUACUUGAAAGCGGUAGUAAAUGAACCCAAAAAGAGACCGCUAGAACAAUAGCAAUGAUAACACUACAAUUAUACAGUGAAGUUCACAACAUUGUGUGAAACAAGAUUAUGAUUGUUUCAGUGUCCAUAGAUAUUGAUCAUAUUCUUUACAGUUGUUAAUAUAUUGAUAUGUUCAGAGUACCACCAAAGAUUUGAUUAUGAUCAUAAAGUUGUCAAAGAUUUUAACAGAACAAAACAUAAUGCACUGUUACCUGAAGGGCUAAAGUGGAAAAUGUAAGUGGGCAAAUUUUCUUUAAGGGAAGCUAAAGGUAUUGUGAGAAUUGGAAUAGAUUUUUAUUAUUAUUUUCUUUUACAUUAGACAAAAUGUCCCAAAUGGACUAUGACCGUUCAUGAUUUCACACUUAAACCAAAACAAUUAAACCAGAGCCCUUAACAUGCUUGAUGAAGUUUAAUCACUGAUUCAUAGACCAUUGAAUGUUGCAUUGCUGAUUGAGAUUCUCUUCAACAUUCCCAAAAUCUGAAUUCAAAAUUAUUUUGUAUGAUUUGGAAAAAGAUGACUAGAAUCUUGGAUCAGUUUUAACACGUGCAAGUCUCAUUUUAUUUCUAUUAUCCUCUUGCAUACACAUCAUGUUCACUCUCUGCCCACCAAGAGCCUAUACGCAGGAACUGCCUAACACAUGCACUAUUACAAAUCUAUGUUCAAACAACUUGAACAUUAGAAAUUUAUUUUCAAAAAUAAUUUGAAAAUAAUUUAUAAUCAAAGUAAUGAUAAAAACUAUUUUGGCAACCCUACAGGUUAUUUUGGGGCUCCCUUAAUGGAAUAUGAAAUACUACCUAUAUUAUAUUUUCCUAGUUUGUCCAUUAAAAUAUGUGCCAACAGUGUAAGUAUUGGAUUAUUUUGGUCAGUUGUUCAAGCAGCAGUAUUCUUAUGUGAAAUAGAGCUAAAAAGAAACUGAGUAAAACAUAUAUAAUAAUUGAUUAUGUAAAAAUGCAAAGACUGCCAUUAUAAUAAGGUUUGUAUUGAAGCUUCAGAUUUAUUUACACCAUAUUUAUGUGCAAUGGAUUUUAAAUAAACGAUCUCCUAAUUAUU